AUGAAAUUCUCAUUGUUCUUGCUUGCGCCAGCCAUUCUGAGCUGGUUCUCUGCCGCCGCCAGUGCCGAAAAAGCCAAAAUCUUCAACUUUGACGUUCUGGAAGAAAAUGCUCUCAAUCCUGAUUCUGGGCAGGACACCAAGAACCCGCUAGAGGGUAUUGAUUUGGACCAGCUAGUCAACGUCGUUUACAUAACGCUCGAGCCAUCAACCGUCUUUGUCACUGUCACGAGAACUCUCCAUCAAGUAGUCACCACUGCCACCACUACUGUGACCGCUGAAACCGACGAAACGCCGUUGUACCCCUUCACAGGCCCUAACUCUAAAACAACGCUGCCUACACUGAACACAACUGCUCCUUUAGUGUCAGUGCCAGCCACGUCCACGUUGCCUGCAUCUGGCAACGACACGGUUAUCACUAAAACCAGCACAGAGCUCCUCAGCUCGUUCCACAUCACGCCGUCCUCUAGUCUGCCACUUUCGACGACUACAUACACCGAGGGCAAGCUCGACUUCGUCAUCGGAAAGGGGAAAAAGGAAUCGACAGAUGCGGAAACUGCGUCCUACUACGAUGAACUGGCGCAAUUUGUUUCCUCAGUAUUCUCUCCGCCAACUUCGGAGCUACCAUCUUCCACUGGACCUAUCAUCAGCACGCCGACAGCCAGCUCUUCCUUAACUGCUUGGACCAGUUCUACGAAGUCCAAAACGCACACGUCCACACGGUCGGUGUCCAUUGGAUUUAGCACUUCAGUGCUGCACAACACGACACACAAUUCGACGAGAAACGAUCACGACGACUACAGCGACGUUCUCGACGGAUUCAACCCUUACAAGGACCUGCCCCUGUCAGACAUCGACGUGAACUUCAGCAACGACUCCCCGCGGGUGAGUGCACGAGGUGUUAUCAUUGGCAUGUCUGCAACAUUUUUCAUUUUCGGUGUUUUUGCUUUAUGA